AUGUUUCAGGAAAAGUUCGUUUUGUUGGUAAAGGAGUUGAAGGAAGCGUUCACGCCUAAAGGAUACCUACUGACCUCCGCCGUGACCGCCACACAGUAUCACAUUGACUUGUCUUAUGACGUCCCAGAACUCAAUAAUUACUUGGACUUCAUAAACCUGAUGACGUAUGAUUAUCACGGCACCUGGGACGAGGGGACAGGUGUGAACGCGCCACUUUUUCCCCAGGAAACUGAUGACCCCAACCUCAACUUGAAUGUGAACCACUCUGUCCACGUCUGGAUCAAUAACGGCGCGUCCCCAUCCAAGCUGGUCCUAGGUCUGGGAGCAUACGGAAGAUCCUUCACCCUGACGAGUUUGGACAACACCGGGAUUGGGGCGCCUUUCGACGGGCCGGGAGCAAACGGCCCUUAUACUGAGGAGCCCGGGUAUUUUGGUUACAAUGAGGCACAAUACGCCAAGGAAAUGGGUCUAGGCGGCAUAAUGUACUGGGCCGUGGAUUUGGAUGACUUUAGCGGGAUCUGCGGGGACAAGGGUUACUCCAGCCAGCAGAUCCUGCAGCAAGGACUAGGAAGAGGAGACUACAGGGGGGAGGCGAAGUUGAGGCAUAUAGCCCUGUAA